UGACUAAAAAAACACAAAUUCAGUUGAUUCAGUACAGUACUAGUAUCCGACAGAGCAAUAAUGUUGAUUCUUAUAACAGUUGUACUGCUCAACGUGUGGGCUAUACCAGCAGAAGAAAUAUUUUCUCCAAGCAUAAAUAUCUUUGAAGAACUAGGAAAAAUAACAACCAUGGAAAAAAAGAUGAAAUCUAUGGAGGAUGAAAUGGAACGGCUAAAAACAGAGAACAAAGAACAAGCAAAAGAACUGAAGAUUUUGCAUGAAACAACAAAUGACACAAAGAUCAAAAUGGAUGAACUAAUGAAGCAGAAUCAAGCUCCUAAAGUGGCAUUCUCUGUCUCUCUGUUGACCUCUUUUGGACCAAAAAGUGUUGGACCCUUUCAUAAUGGUUUACACACUCUGAUUUACAAAUACGUCUUCCUUAAUAUUGGAAACGCCUAUGAUCCAAACACAGGAAUCUUUACAGCACCUGUGAGGGGAGCAUAUGCUUUUAGGGUCUUCUCUAAGGCCUUUGGAAAUCCAGAGAGAGCUGUUACUGCAGGCCUGUUUAAAAAUGACCAGCAUAUAAUUUCUACACAUGGACACCAAUCAGGCGGUUUUAUCAGCUCUUCAAAUGGAGUUUCUCUGCUGCUAGGAGAAGGGGAUAAAGUGAAGGUAAAUCUCUAUCCUGGACAAUGGAUUUUCGACAAUGGAGAACACCAUCACAGCACAUUCAGUGGACAUCUGCUUUUCCCCAUGUGAACUUGCAGACGGUCAUACAUUAAGGAUGUACAAUUCUUAAAAAAAAUCGAUUUAUUUAAUGUAACUGAACAUGUAAUCAAGUGGCUGUCAAAUAUUCUUCAUAUCAUGGCUUAGUUUAAGGCAGUGCAAAAUGCUUCAGGCAUGUAAAUUAAAAUGAAAAUGUGCAGAAUGCAACAUUACAACUGAUGGGGAAAAAAAAUAUUAAAGACUACGAAUGUACAAAUAAUGACAUGCAACAAG